CGCAUUAAUACUCGAGACAGUCGGCGAGUGAGGGUCGUACUGGUACUUUUUAAAGGAACCAUUAAUUUACGAUAAACUAUACAUUACAGUGUUCAAUCUGUCUGUGAAUUGGAUUCAUAAAAUUGUUUUCUCAUUUUGGAUUACUGAUUUAUUCAUGACAAUGGCUACGAGCAGUGAUACACAGCGUUUGAUUUCUGUGAGUCUCGGUAAGAUUGCCCAGUCCCGCGGUCAACGUGGCGGCAUUAACCUACACAAGAACCUUCUUGUGGCCACCGUGUUGCACAAGGCAAGGACCGCUUACAUGAUGCAGUCCUACACGUACCAACAAAAUUUACACCGACAGAAAUGUCAACAACAACAGAUGCAGAUUUCUGCCCCCAUUAGCGCUCCCGCCCCGGUGUGUAGCACCAGUAACACGUCCCUCUACAGAGAGGAAGUGUCUCAGCCACCCCGUGACUCUAAUCUAGACCAACCAACAGCCACGCUGACUGGUAGUGGCGAAUGUAGGUCGGAGAACACGGCCGGGCCCGAGGUGACCGUUUACGAACCAAUGACAAUUCAAGCAUCCGAACGGCUCCAGGAUAAAGAGAACGCACGACCCGUGUCUGGUGGCCGUUUGACUCCCGACAAGGAUUACUCCAAGGCGGAGGGUGAGAACCGCUCGGACGAUCAUUUGGCGGCGUCCACCCAACUUUCACACGAUGCGCAACUCGCGGCUUCCCAAGACAAUGGCUGCCAGGGUUUAACGACCCGUGCCUUCACGACCUGCAACGUUCUCAAGCGGCACAGGGAAAACCCCAGCGCGUGUUCCCAGGACCAGGAGGCGGAGUGCCCCGUCAGCAAGAAGGCUCGCGUGAGUAAUGACUCAUCGCCCUCGCACAGUGACAGUUACUUAUCAGACUUGGACGUUUCAUCGGACGAUUCAGAUUCCGAGUCAGAAAUAGAAAUGAUGCACACGUACGACUCACCGCAAAUUACAAACCUUGUCAACAUAUUCAACUCGGGAUUUUCUGGACUCUGUGCCCUCUCGUACGAUAGCAAUAACAACAGCAAAGACCAGGACAACUCUGGUUAUCCAAGUGAUCUAGACAUUUCAGGUUCCACCACACAGUUCACGCCACUGUCAGCAGCAAAGAUACGCCCCGAAUCGCCCUCGCCUGCCUACUCGAGAAAGAUGUCUGAGGCCUCCCUCAUGUGCUCGAGUCAGGUCGGACGAAUGGAUUCCUUGCCAUCUGCUAUUGUCUUAUCUGCAUAACUGACAUUAACUGAACGUUAGACAUUAAAUAAAAAUAUGACCUAUUUCUGUGGAUUCCCCAAGCACAGAGAGAGUAGACGCCCCAAGCACAGAGAGAGUAGACGCUGCCAGAGGAUUAAAAAAUAGUGUCCUGACGCCUGCGCCAUAAUUGGUCUACGUUUUUUUUUCCUAACUGGUCAUUUACUGAACCCGGAGGAUGCCACGGGCCUGACAUGGGCACAUUCGUCUGCAGUAUGCAGGUGCUCCGCUGGAAUAGGGCCCUGUACUUUGCUUCUUGGACAGUUCUCGUACAGUUUAUGAUGGCCUUCCUUGCGGUCAUCAUUGUGGAUGCGUUCACUGACCGUUGGCCGGUGGCUAACAUUGGUGCCAGGCCGAGACGGAGAGACGCUGGAUAGCUGACGCGGAUCCUGGAUAUUGUCCGAACUCUUGAGAUAUUAUGAAUGAAUUAUCUGUGGAUAAUUUUUUUAAGUUCAAAUCAGUGGUGCUCAAACCAUUAUACGGAGUUUGCUCGAACCAUAUUCCCUUUUAAAGAUAGUAUGUAACCUAGUGUCAAAAGGUUACAGGUCAUGCCUUGUUGGUUUUAUUAGUAAAUAAGGGCUUUCUAGAAAUAAGGCCCAUUCGUAAAAAGUUUGGGAACCACUGAUUAACGUUAUCUUUGUUUUUAAAUUUUAGAGAGUAAGUGUGUGAAUUUGAUUUCAUGUUAAAAUGGCCUGACUCUUGGUUUUGAAUUUUUCAGAUGUAGAAUUCAACACAACAUGCACUUUGGGGCGGGCACACACACAACCACCCCCC